UGUAUCAAACUUAGAAUUAGACAUAAACACUACCUAAGCCCAGGGGUAUAACUUCCAAAUUCUAUAAACGUGCAGAAGAAGCCGACAAGACAAAAGGGGAAGUGUAAUCAGGAAGUCGAGUGUGAUUUUUCAAUUCUUUGGGGCUGCUGUUAGCUGUGCCAGAGGAAUUCAAGAAAGGCUUCUUAAAACAGAAUUUUAAGACCAGAAGAGCCUGAAAGGGGAACAUCAGCCACCCAAGGACUGUCAAGAUGAGUGACAGCACUACUUUGGUUCCUCCAGCUUCAAACCAGGGUCCUACCACCCCACGCAAAGGUCCCCCCAAGUUUAAGCAGAGGCAGACUCGCCAGUUCAAGAGUAAACCUCCCAAGAAAGGUGUGAAAGGGUUUGGAGAUGACAUUCCAGGCAUGGAGGGGCUAGGAACAGACAUCACGGUGAUUUGUCCCUGGGAGGCGUUCAGCCACCUGGAAUUGCACGAGCUCGCUCAGUUUGGGAUUAUCUGAGACACCAGAAAUUCUGCCACUCUCAACAGCAUCUGCUGUAACUUUGAUUACUUUUGUCCUAACGAUCUGCCAGAGUUUUGAAAUUCUGCUGUUUGGAAGUGGUUUCUUUGGCUUACAAGGUCAUUUACCAUCAGUUACUACUGAGAGUUCUCUUAGUAUCAAUCUCUCCUACAGCAUAGCUCAGCUCAGAAUAGCGGAUGAAAAUGUUUUGUCAGAGCAUUUCAAACUUUAUCACUUUUUCCUAUUAGCUGCUUAGAAGUUCAGCAGUAUUUCUCUACAUUUCAUUUAUGUGUAAGUCCUUCAAAUCUGUUUUUGCUAGGCAUUCAUUAUGAUUAGAAGACUUCUAAGAUAACAUUUA